AUGAAUCUACGCUUGUGUAAAUUCCUCGCAAUGCCGACCUUCGAAAUGAGUGCUACCAAGCAAAUGUAUGAACGAGGCGCAGUAUACACUGAACGCGGCAUCCUACAUUAUGUUGGUGUACCCGACGAGGGUAGCCGUAAAGGCGAAAUAGUGGAAGAUCGUGGGAGCGCUGGGCGAAGGGCGCCGGGGAUAGCCGUGAAAACUUACGAGCUACAAAUGUUGUAA